UCAGAUUGACAUUUCAAAGAAGUCAAAGUCAAAACUAAAUUAAAAAUUGAUUUCUGUUUUCUGUCUUGUGUUGUUGUUCUAUUAUUGAAUGUUCGAAAUUGUACUUUCGUGUAUAAAUCACUAAAAAGCGGUCAAUACAUUUCACAACAACUUAGUUUCACAACAAAAAAGUAUCAUGAAAAUGUCCGAUUCUGAAGAUGAGAAUCAAACAGUAAAAAGUUUUGAAGAAAUUCACGAUGAAAUUCAAAAAUAUAAAAGAAAUCCAGAGACAUCGGGGAUGUUUGUGUCUGGGUGGGACGAUGCAGAUCAAGACGUCGAAGUUGUUAAGGAUCCGAAAGCAAACCCCAUUGAUUAUGUACUGUGGGCAGCAGAAAAUGGCGAAAUCUGUAUAUUACGUGAAUUACUGAAAAAGCAGCCGGGUUUAGUUCAUGCUCAAGAUGGUGAUGGGUACACACCACUUCACCGAGCAGCAUACAGUAACCAUACUGAUGUGAUAUCGUACUUGCUGAGCAUUGGAGCCAAUAUCAACACAAAAACACAGCUUGGAUGGACAGCUUUACAUUCGGCAUCAAACUGGAAUAAUUAUGUGGCUGCUGCAAGACUAUUAGCUGCUGGUGCUGAUCCUGGGGCUCUGUCUGACGGAGGUCAAACUCCAAUGCACUUAGCUGCAGCUAUUAGUCAUUGUAAGUCAACAUUAUUAAUUUUAUUCCUAAGAGAUGAUACUGUAGACAUUGCGCAUAAAACAAAUAAUGCACAUGAAACUCCAGAACAGCUGGCUCAAAGACACGGAAUCUAUGGUCCUCUCUUCGAGAUGAUGACUCCAGCAGUGUCAUAUAUAAAAUCCAUAUCAUUUACAUGUAAUCCUUAUUUGAGGCAGAAAACUAUAUAAAUAAAAAAAAUGGGAACUCA